GCGCAUCUGGUCUUCUUUUCUUCUCCCCUGCACCCGACCAGCCCCCCCCAAGCUGUCGAUAGUUUCCCUUGAGAAACUCGGCAAAAAGCUUGAAUUUCUCUUAUUUUCUUGUUAAAUCACGAGAUUUGGGGCUUAGAAUCUUCCCUCUCAACCCAGAAAUCCCGGAUCUGCUCUGCUUCUUCCUCCCUUGUCCGUCGGGUUCUGCUGGGUUUGAAUCCUUCGGCUUUUUCUGGUAAGAUUUAGCCAUGAAUUCAUCUCUUUAGCUUUGAAUUUGGCUUGGGUUUACCUUGAAUUGUGUUUUGGUUUUUGGAUUGGGUAGCCGCGAGUUCCCCUGUAGAAUUUCUUCUUCUUUGCCGCCGGCUUCUCCCCCCUGCUAGGCUCGGUUUUGCUUGUUAAAUUCUGGUUUUGAUCGUUCUGUCACCCUAGCGCUUGGGUUAGCCUUCGGUUCUGUGCGAGUGAGGUAAGUAAAUUAUGGUAAAGCCCUUUGAUUUUAAAGUAUGUUUUAAACUGUUUUUGAGAUGGUGGCAAGGUUUUAAUUGAUUUUAAAUUGAUUUUACCAGCACUUGAGUGUGAUUAACUGAAAUGGAAAUUGUGAUGGUUUUCAUGAGAAUUUCCUUGUUUUUCUGGAAAUUGAGCAUGACUGAAAUGAAAAUGAGAAUUUCAUUGUUUUUUUUCUGGAGUUUAGCAUGCCUAUUUGGAAUUGACUGAAUUGUUUUGAUGAACUGAGAGUUUGCGAAUUCUAAGGUUUCUGUUAAAUCCAUGCUCACAUGGAAUUUUUUGGUUAUUUCUGAAAUUUGGGAUUUUGAUUGUGAAUCCUGCAUGUUCCAAUCCCCGCUAGUGGGUGUAACGCUGGCACUCCUGAUCCCCGCUAGUGGGUGUGUAGCACUUUCGAUCCCCGCUAGUGGGUGUAACGCUAGCACUUUCGAUCCCCGCUAGUGGGUGUGUAACACUUCCGAUCCCCGCUAGUGGGUGUAACGCUGGCACUCCUAAUCCCCACUAGUGGGUGUAACGCUAGCACAUGUCGACAUGUUUACUGAUGACCGGUUUAUUCUGACGCCUGCCACUGGGCGAAUACAUUGGCAAAUUUCUGUCGCCCGCCAGUGGGUUGUUAUAACACUGGCCAUGACUUAUAGAUGAGACUACUGAACUGAGUUUUCUUCAGCAUUAAUGGUUUGUUAUGAGAUGUUUUGUUAUUGAACUGAAUGUGAUUCUGCAGUAACGGUUUUGUCAUUGAACGUUUUGCUAUUGAACUGAACUUGAUUUCCGCAUUAACGGUUUAUCAGUGAAAGUUUUGCUAUGUUUACAUGGUUUAUCUGGCAUGUUAAAAGUUUUACCCAAGGGUUAUCCAUAUUUACUUACUGAGUUAUCUCAUAGUUUUCCUUGUCCACCAUUUCAGGAAGCGAAACUGAGGACGGGGAAAACCAAGGGGAGUGACGAGUUAGAAGGCUAGCCAUCUUGUAAAGUGAAUAUAGAUUUGAGAUGUAGAUCGUGAUCUUAAGAGUUAGAGUGUAUGUGGAGAUUUUUGAUAUCAGAGCAGACUGUAAAGAUUUUAUCUUGAGAUUUUGUGGUAUCAGAUUGUGAUUUGAAUAAGUUCCGAGCCUUGUGCACUUGUGGGACCCGUCUCACGAGUGCACGGCGUCUGUCGCGUCUCGGAUUUGGGUUCUGGGGCGUGACACUUAUUUAACA